UUAAAUAUUAAAUGUCAGCGCAUUGGAAGUUGUGAGUUGCUAGCUUUGAAAUGCAGCUUGCAAGCAAUUGGGCGCACCUCAUCAUCAUGUUGCAGCGUCACCUUUCCUGCUGAUGCUGAGAGAGUUCCAGCUUGGGCGCUAGCCUGGUUUCAGAGACUGGCCGUCCUUCAUUUUCAAGUUUGUGAAGCCUUGAUUAGUGGUAGACGGUCGUUACCUUCGUCAGCAAUCCAAAAGCCAGCCGGGCUUUGAUUACAGCAGAAAACAUCACACACUGAGUGCCUGUAUAUGCGAAGCACUCUCAGACGUAGUGCCCAAUACCCUGAGCUUGCGAGGCAGGUCAAAAGUCGAUCCUCAGUGUUGUGUAAGUUCAAGACAACACCGCCAAACUUUUGACAGGAUUGCAGUGGUCAAAAACAUACUGUCAUAACCUUUUCUGAGAAGUGGUGGCAAGUUCCUCGGAAGUACUUUAGCAAUGUGGGGGUCUCCAACCAUUGUGUGAUUGCGUAGAUUGAGUGAACACGCUGAUCAAGGCCCUCGUGAUACAAGCUGCUAAAAGUCAAAACAAUUGGCAAACGAAGUGGCUGUCCGCCUCGUGUCUGCAGCUCACAUUGCUGCGAAACCUGCUCCAUUUCCACCGAGACGUAACUUCUGCUUCUGGCGGAGGAGAAACACCAAGAGAAAGCUGAGAUUACACUUGGGCAUUGAGAUUGCUUUAAACUCAGCCAAUCGACAGCUAAGCAAGGAGCAGGUGGAAAGAUCAAACAUGGUCAAAGAAGACUGCAAUGAGGAAGCUGAUGGGGGCAGUCAAGAGGCAUCAUUCGAAGGCCCUGUCCGAAUGAACGUCGACCAACAGAAGGGUGUGCAAAACGUGGGGCUUGAGAGUCAGGAGCAACUGGAAGAUAGUAGUGGGGAGGGGGAAGAGGAGAUGGAGGAUGAGGAAGAGGAAGAGUGGGAGGAAGAACUAGAGGCGGGAGAGAAGAAAGACCUCAAAGGGGCGGAGAAGGAAUCAGAGAGGGGCGACGGUGUCGUAAAAGGGCGGGGCAAAGGAGUUCAAGAAGAAGAGGAGGAAUCAGAAGAGGAACUGAGCGAUGAAGAAGGGACGGAGGAAGAGGUAGACGGGGCGGCCGAAGAACUAGAAGGGGAGCCGAAAGAUCGUGACAGAGGGGGAAACGAUAUCGAGGGGGGGUCCGACGAAGAGGACGAGGACACCCCCCUGGUGUUUGACGCAGACCUGCCGGUGGACCCCCUGAGCCUGGCGGAGGCACGAGACGAGCCAGGGCACGAGUUUGAGCGGUACACGAAACUGCAGUACGAGAUGCUGGCGGAGCGGAAGCGGAGGGCGCAAGUGGGGGGGGGUCCGAGCGAGCCCCCCCAGAAGAAACAAAAGACCGCGCUCUAUGGCGCGAGCGUGGACGACAUCUAUGGUUCCAAGGGCGAGCUUGACAAACACUUUGACAAGCAAGAGGAACGACGGAUGGGGCGGCGGGGGCUCGAGCGCAAGCGGGGCCGGCGGCCGGGGCCGCGGGGGCUGCCGGCGGAGGUGACGCGGAAGCUGGGGCAGGCGAAUCUGUUUUAUGCCACGGAGCAGUAUCAGGAGGCGGUGGAGGUGCUGGUGGAGGUCGUCCGGUUGGCCCCCAACGUGGCAGACUCGUACCACACGCUGGGCCUGUGCCACGAAACGCUUGGCGACCGCCGCAAGGCGCUCAACUUCUACAUGAUUGCCGCGCACCUCACGCCCAAGGACCUCUCGCUCUGGCGCCGCCUCGCCGGGUGGUCCACGGAGCAAAACAACCCGGCGCAAGCAAUCUACUGCCUCUCCAAAGUCAUCCGCUGGGCGCCUGAUGACGUGGACGCGCGCUGGGACCGCGCAGUGCUGAUGGCUGAGAUGGGCGACUUUCGGAAGGCCGGCAGCGAGUUCGAAAAGCUGCACGCUGACCGGCCCGCAGACGCUGAGGUCGCCAAGAUGCUCGCCCGGAUGUUCCACAAGCUGGGUCAGGCUCAGAAGGCGACAGCUGUCCUGGAGUCCGUCAUCCAACGGCUCCCGCCGGGCCACGUCGACCUGACAGCUGUCAACAUCCUGGCGGAGCUGCACAUGGAGGCCGGCGCGUUCGGCGCCGCCGUGUCGGCGAUGACGUCAGCGCGGGACAAACUAGGCGUGGCGCUGCCGCCGGACCUGGAGGUCAAGCUGGGCAUCUGCCACGCGUACCUAGGCGACUUCGAGGCUGCGGCGGCCCACACGGAGCCCCUGCGGCGCACGGCGUCCGAGGAGUGCGCGGACUUGUUCAUGGACGUCGGGGACGCGUACGCGGCCGUCGGACGUCCGCACGACGCGCUGCGCUUUUACGGCGUGCUGGCCAAGUUUGCGGCGUUCAACCAGCCCGCGCUCUGGUUCAAGAUGGGGCAGUGCCACGCGCUCGUCGAGGAUUACGGGGCCGCUGUAGAGAAGCUGAGGAGAGGUGGGUCAACAUUUUAUUCUGUCGAAGUUUGGGUGUUUUUCGGGUUACAAAAAGGGUUUGCGGCGUUCAACCAGCCCGCGCUCUGGUUCAAGAUGGAGCAGUGCCACGCGCUCGUCGAGGAUUACGGGGCCGCUGUGGAAAAGCUGAGGAGAGGUCACAAACCUGCUGGAGGAGGGUGUGGAUAA